GUGCCGCCGCGGGCCGCCCAUUGCCAUGUUGUCGUGGAGCCGCUGCCGGGUCGCUCUCUCCCGCCGGGGGGCCCGCGCUCUCCCCCGCUCCCUGCAGGCCCGAUGCCUACCCGCCCACAUACACUGCAGCGUCCCGGCGCGCAAGCACGACGACUUCUUCCGAGAUCUGGAAAAUGAGUUUGCCAAAUUCAAGCAGAAAGCAAAGGAAGCACUCCCUGGCAGUGACUGGAACCCCGUGCACCAGACCCCUGGCCUGCCCCCCGAGUGGGCUGAUAUUGUCAUAAUUGGCGGAGGAAUAGUGGGCUGGUCCACUGCUUACUGGCUGAAGAAAAAAGAGGCAAUUCGGGGAGGGGUCCGUGUGGUGGUUGUAGAGAGAGACCCAACUUAUUCCAGAGCCUCCACUGUCUUGUCAGUGGGAGGAAUUCGCCACCAGUUCUCUCUGCCAGAGAAUAUCCAGCUAUCAAUGGAAUCUGCUCACUUUCUUCGCAAUAUCCAGGAACAUCUGAAUGUGGUGAAUGAGGACCCUGUGGAUGUUCAGUUCAAUCCAUCGGGAUAUCUAUUCUUAGCUGGGAAGGAGCAGAGUGAUAUUAUGGCAGAAAAUUACCGUAUUCAGAGGGAUGAGGGAGCAGCAGUCACCCUCUUAACACCACAGCAGUUACAGAGGAAAUUCCCGUGGAUCAACACAGAAGGUGUAGCUUUAGCUUCAUAUGGUUUGGAGAACGAAGGCUGGUUCGAUCCGUGGCUCCUUCUGAAUGCAUUUCGUAGGAAGGCCAUCUCAAUGGGCGUUUAUCCGUGUCAUGGAGAGGUGGUGGGUUUUCAACAUUCUACAAGAGAGAUGGAGACGGAAGACGGCACGACAGUCUCGCUGAAAAGAAUUCACCACACCAUUGUACAGAUGCCAAACAGCACCGAGUGUCAGCCAGUGAAAUGUGCAUUGUUGGUCAAUGCAGCUGGAGCAUGGUCAAGCAAAGUAGCAGAGAUGAUCGGGAUUGGUAAUGGACCUGAAGGCACUUUGGAGGGCACAAAACUACCUGUCGAACCGAGAAAAAGAUAUGUUUUUGUCUUCCACAGUCCAGAUGGCCCAGGAUUGGAUUGUCCAUUGGUGACUGACUACACUGGAAUGUACUUCCGUCGAGAAGGCUUGGGUGGAAACUAUGUGGGAGGACUGUCGCCAGCUGAGGAAGAGGAGCCAGACUCGAGUAAUCUGGAAGUAAAUUAUGAAUAUUUCCAUGAGCAGUUAUGGCCCAAACUGGCUCAGAGAGUGCCUGCCUUCCAGUCCCUUAAGUUGAAAAGUGCCUGGGCGGGUUACUAUGAUUACAACACCUUUGAUCAGAAUGCGGUCAUUGGUAUUCACCAACUGGUCACCAACAUGUUUUUUGCAACUGGCUUCAGUGGCCACGGCCUACAGCAGUCACCGGCUGUGGGCAGAGCCGUGGCUGAGCUCAUUCUGGAUGGAAGAUUCAAAACCCUUGACCUCAGUGCAUUUGACUUCAUUCGAUUCUACAAAGGCACCAAGCUACUGGAAAAAAAUAUUGUCUGAUUUUGUGAAAUUCAGUUUGCUGUGGUGAGACUUCGUGAAAAAUGUGCUUUAUACUUUAUGAUCUUGCUGAAAAUUCUUCAUAAAUCGAUAAAUGUUGCCGAUAAUAUACCUUUGAAAUAUGGAUGGUUGACGCUUUGGAACUGAUGUUCUAAUGAAUUUCACAGGCUUUAUUGUUUUAUGAGUUGAACACUAGUAAGAAAGCUUGGAGGCUUAUUCUAAUAAUUCAAGAAAUAAAUCCAUCCCCAUAUAGGACGUGAAAUAUGCAGACACCUAAUUGCUUUAAUAGGGGACGACUAUAGGAGAGAGGAACAGAAUUAGGCUAUAUGUCCCGUCGAGUCUACUCCGCCAUUCGGUCAUGGCUGAUCUAUUUUCCAUCUCAAUCCCAUUCUCCUGCCUUCUCACUGGAUAAAAGGAAGGGGUGACGUUUCGGGUCGAGACCAUUCUUCAGCUGAGACACAGAGAUAAGGAAGUGCAAGAUGUGACAACGAGACAUCAAAGGGGAUAAAGUUCAAGAAGAAUGUAGAAUAGAUCAUUGUUAGCUAAGAGAAGAUGACAACGAAGCAUACAGAGAUAACAUUUAGUCUGGUACAGUCAGGCUGGUUUGAGAAGUAGGAAGGGAGAGGGGAUGGAGAGAGGGAAAGUAAGGGUUACUUGAAGUUAGAGAAGUCAAUAUUCAUACCGCUGGGGCGUAAGCUACCCAAGUGAAAUAAGGUGGUGUCCUGCAAUUUUCGCUGGGCCUCAAGCUUGACAGAGGAGGAGGCCCAGAGAAGAAAGGUCAGUAUGGGAAUGAGAGGGGGAGUUAAAGUGUUGCGGGCAAUGUUUUAUGGUAGCUAAAACAAUGCAAGGAAAUCAAUGGUCGGAAUCUAGGUUUAAGUUUAUUAUUGUCACAUGUACCGAGAAAAGCUUUGCUUUGCAUGCUAUCCAAUCGGAUCAGAUAAUAUUAUACAUGAAUACAACCAAAUCAAACUCGCGUAUGAUGGGUAGAGCGAAGAGGAAGAUGCAGAGUUACGGCUGAUCAUUGAUCAGCACAGACUUGGUGGGCCAAAGGGUCUUUUUCCAUGCUGUACCUCUAAGGGGCACAGCGGUCUGUACAGCGUUUGUAUGUUCUUCCUGUGAUCGCAUGGGUUUUCUCUGGGUGCUCCGGUUUCCUCCCAGACAUGCAUAUUUGUAGGUUAAUUAGCUUCUGUCAAUUGUCCCAUAGUGUGUGGGAUAGAAAUAUUGUAUGGGUGAUCGAUGGUUGGCAUGGAUAUGGUGAGGCAAAGGCCCCGUUUCCAUGCUGUAUUUCUAAAGCUAAAAUUAAAAAUAUAUAGCAUAGAUAGACACAAAAAGCUUGAGUAACUCAGCGAGUCAGGCAGCAUCUUUGGAAGGAAGUAAUGAGUGACAAUUCUCAUUCCCUUUUAAAAAGAUGGGCACAUGCUCUGUAAUCUACUAGGCUACAGACGAGAGCAGCAGUGUUCAUCUCAAUAUCUCUUUUUAUUCUCGCUGACACAGAUGUAUCAGCUUUCUUGCCUUGAAAAGUUCUGAGGGUUUCACAAAGGACCAGACCCGAUGGGGGACAGUGAACCACGUGACUUUAUGGGUCUCGACCCGAAACGUCACCUAUUCAUUCCUUUUCUCCAGAAAUGCUGCCUGACCCACUGAGUUACUCUAGCCUUUUGUGUGUCUUUCGUUUAAACCAGCAUUUACAGUUCCACCCUACACAAACUUUUAUCAUACACCAGGUGGUUUAUGCUUUCUGUAACUGACACUUAACUUUUUGAAAUUUGAUAUUAACUUAAUGACUCGGAAUCGACCCUCGAUGGACAGUCCAGCCAGCUGUCUGCAAAUCUACAUCACUGCCACAAGUUCAACAAGCAGGCUGAGAUCUGUGCUCUGGGCACACUGCUUGGUUAUCCCCUCAUGGUCUAUAUCCUGGAGUUGGGACAGAUGUUUAUUAAUUAGUAUGUGCUAUAUCAACCUUUCUUCAGAUUCAAGUCUUCCAGUCUUAUUUCCACACACUUCAUAGCAUUUCACUGGUUGGACCAGCAAUGUUUUCUAGUGAAGAUAGACUCAAAAUGCUGGAGAAACUCAGUGAGACAGGCAAAAUCUCUGGAUUGAAAGAAUGGGUGACGUUUUGGGUCGAGACCCUUCUUCCAACUUGCCUUUUCACCCAUUCCUUCUAUCCAGAGAUGCUGCAUGUCCCACUGAGUAACUCCAGCAUUUUGUGUGUACGGUUUAAUCCAGCAUCUGCGGUUCCUUCCUACAAUGUUUUCUAGUGAUUGGAAGGGUGAAGUAGUAGAGGUGCAUAGAUUAUCUGAAGAAAAUUCAAACCCGCUUGGGGCAAAUUCCCCUUAGGACAAAUAUGCAUCUUCUCUGGCAACAAAAUCUGAAAAAUCUUUUGAAGACGAGAGCAAAAAGGUUGAUUAAGGCAGAGCUGUAGAUGUUGUGCAUGUGGACUUUAGUAAGGCGUUCGACAAGGUGCCGCAUGGUAGGCUGCUUUAGAAGGUUAAAUCUCAUGGGAUCCAAGGAGAGAUAGCUGAGUGGAUAGCAAAUUGGCUCCAUGGAAGGAAGCAGAGGCUGAUGGUGGAAGGUUGCUUCUCAGAAUGGAGACCUGUGACUCGUGGUGUGCCACAGGGUUCGGUGCUUUGCCCGUUACUGUUUGUCAUCUACAUCAAUGAUUUGUAUGAGAACAUACAGGGCAAGUUUGCUGUUGAUACAAACGUUUGUAGUUCUGCAGAUCGAUUGGCCAGGUGGGCAGAGGAUGGUUGAUGGAAUUUAAUACAGAGAAGUGUGAGAUGUUGCAUUUUGGGAUGUCGAACAAGGGCAGGACCUACAUAGUAAAUGGUAGGCCUCUGGGUAGUGUAGAGCGGAGGGAUCUUGGAGUACAAGUGCAUGGUUCCAUGAAAGUCCAGUUGCAGGUAGAUAAGGUGGCCAAAAAGCCUUUUGGCACUUUGGCCUUCAUCAGUCAGAGUAUUGAGUAUAGAAGUUGGGAGGUCAAGUUGCAGUUUGUCUAAGACGUUGGUGAGACCGCAUUUGGAAUAUUGUGUUCAGUUCUGGGCACCAUGUUAAGAAAAAGAUAUUGUCAAGCUUGAAAGGGUUCAGAAAAGAUUUACGAGAAUUUUGCCACAACUAGAGGGUGUGAGCUAUAAGGAGAGGCUGAGUGGGCAGGGUCUCUAUGGAGUGUAGGAGGAUGAGGGGAAAUCUUAUAGAAGUAUACAAAAUCAUGAGAGGAAUCGAUUGGGUAGAUGCACAGUGUAGAGGAAUCCAGGCCCAGAGGACAGAGGUUCAAGGUGAAAGGGAAAGGAUUUAAUAGGAAUCAGAGGGGUAACUUUUUCACAAAGAGUGUUGUGGGUGUAUGGAACGAGCUGCCAGGUAGUUGAGACUAGGACUAUCCCAUCGUUUAAGAAACAGUUGGACAGGGUCAUGGAUAGGACAGGUUUGGAGGGAUAUGCAUCAAGCGCAGGCAAGUGGGGCUAGGGUAGCUGGGACAUUGUUGGCUGGUGUGGGCGAGUUGGGCCGAAGAACCUGUUUCCGCACUGUAUCACUCUGACUCUAAGUAAAGUAGAUUAAGUGAGAAAAAUACCCUGUAGAUGGAAAGUGCUGUACAAGACGCCAUCUAGUGGCAGUGGAUAAUUUGCUGCUUCAUCAAUUUAAUAAUUGAGAGAAAAUAUGAUUGUAAAUUACUGCUAAGAUUUUUUAAAUUGUGACGGUUGUUCACAAGGUGACAUUGAACACUGCUCCUGUGUAAUGUGAAAUUGCCAUUUUUAUAAAUAGUGUUGGAAUGUUACAUAAUCAGGGUACUUUGUAUAAAUGUAAUAAAAUCUUAAUUUUGUUUAAAA